GAGCGUGGAUCCAACCAUGACAUCCCAGGGCAUGGAACUCACCACAGUGAAUGGAAGUGACCCGUACUUAAUUCAGCCUCCUGUUGAGGUUUUGAUUCCACACUUGCUGAUCACCAUCAUUGCCCUAGUGGGGCUGCCAGGAAAUGCAGUUGUCAUCAGUCUCCUGGGAUGUUGCAUGCACAGGAACCCCAUCUCAGUCUAUGUCCUCAACCUGGCUGUAUCUGACUUCCUCUUCCUCUUCUGGCACUUUAUUAUUUCCCUGCUUAAUAUCAUAGCCUUCCUCCACAUCUACAUAAUUUAUGUCAACAUACCCUACAUAGCAAUUAUUCCAUACCUUGCAGGUCUAAGCAUGCUCAAUGCCAUUAGCAUAGAGCGCUGCCUGUGUGUCCUGUGGCCCAUCUGGUACCGCUGUCACCGUCCAAGACAUACAUCAGCUGUUGUGUGUACCCUACUCUGGGCCCUGUCCCUGCUGCUUAGCCUCUUGGACUGGUACUAUGCUGGCUUCCUGAAUGUGUUACCCGGUAAUGAUUGGUGGAAAAAUAUUGAUUUUAUCAUAGCUGCAUGGCUGAUUUUUUUAUUUCUAACUUUAUCUGGGUCCAGCCUAGCCCUGGUGGUCAGAAUUCUCUGUGGUUCCCGACGGAUGCCACUAACCAGGCUGUAUGUGACCAUUCUGCUCACGGUCCUGGCCUUCCUCAUCUGUGGCCUGCCCUUUGGCAUUUUCUGGUUCCUGAUAGCCUGGUUUGAAGUCAGUAAUUAUUACUUCUUUGUAGCCACAGUUGUGUUGUCCUGUGUUAACAGCUGUGUCAACCCCAUCAUUUACUUCUUAAUUGGCUCCUUUAGGCAGAAGCAUCAGACUCUCAAGCUGGUACUUCAGAGGGCUCUGCAGGAUUCUCCUCAGGAGAGUGCAAGUGGAGACAGAUAUAUUCAGGAAGCCCCGGAAAUGCUGGAAAGCACAGUGGUUUAGGGAUGAAGAGUCUCCACUUUUUCAGACAUAUGUGGCUUUGAGAGUCAAUGUCACAGUGUAAACUAUUCUCUUGGAAUAAUGCCUUGGAGGCGUGGGUGAUUUUGUGAUGCCGCCUUCUUCUUUCUUCAUCUUUUCUCCUUCUCCUUUUCCUUCUUCUUCUUCUUCUCCUCCUCCCCCUCCUUCUUCUUCUUUGUG